UAGAGGGAGGGACAAAGAUGGCGGCGGCAGUACUGGAACGUUUGGGUGCGUUAUGGAUGCAGAAUCUGAGGGGGAAGCUGACCUUGGGGCUUCUUUCAUCUCACAAUGUUUUACCCCAAUCACAUAUCCACACAAGUGCUUCUCUUGACAUUUCUCGAAAAUGGGAGAAGAAGAAUAAAAUUGUUUAUCCUCCACAACUUCCUGGAGAACCUCGGAGACCAGCAGAAAUCUACCAUUGUCGAAGGCAAAUAAAAUACAGCAAAGACAAGAUGUGGUAUUUGGCAAAAUUGAUACGAGGAAUGUCCAUUGACCAGGCUUUGGCUCAGUUGGAAUUCAGUGACAAAAAAGGGGCCCAAAUAGUUAGAGAGGUUCUCUUAGAAGCACAAGAUAUGGCAGUGAGAGACCACAAUGUGGAAUUCAGAUCCAAUUUAUAUAUAGCUGAGUCCACCUCAGGGCGAGGCCAGUACCUGAAACGCAUCCGAUACCACGGCAGAGGUCACUUUGGGAUCAUGGAGAAAGUUUAUUGCCAUUAUUUUGUGAAGUUGGUGGAAGGCCCCCCACCUCCACGUGAAGCACCAAAGACAGCAGUUAGCCACGCCAAAGAGUAUAUUCAGGAGCUGCGAAACCGGACCAUCAUUCACACUCUAUGAUGGGGAAUUCAGACUCCACAGUGUAUAUAUUUUUCCAUUUAUUUCCUAAAAACAAACAAAAAUUAAAGACAAAUGCUUUUUAUGA